AACACGCACGCUCUGCUAUCCAUGGAGCCUCUUCCCUCCCGUCGAUAGGCGUUCGACCAGCCUGCAACCAACGCGUCCCCCAACCCGGCCGCCAGCCUCUCCACCGCCAUGGCUUUCUUCUCUGCGCUCUCGAGCUCUAUAGGCCGGAAACUGCUUCUCUAUGGGUUGCGCCACAUCGACAUACUUGACAAAGACCCUGCCGACUUCGUGAGCGUCGAUAUCGGGAAACGCACCACACUCGAGGUUCGGGACGUCGGGUUGCAUGUCAAGAAGCUGCUAGCACUAUUGCACCUCACGCUUCCUCCCGAGACCCAGCUGUUGAAAGCGCAAGCCUCGCUCCUCCGAGUUACCUUCGUCCUCGAAUUCGGCGUCCCCCAGAUAUCGAUAGAGGUACAUGGCAUACGAGUAGAAGCUCGGUUGACUGAGGAUGUCGAAGGUACCUCUCCUUCAAAUCCUCGUCAGCAGCACACUCAGACGCGAUCUUCGCCACCUCCAAUGGCCGCUUCGCCAUCCUCUGCCCAAAACAACCAGUACAGCUAUGGUUCAGACGAUGACGAUGACUACCUGCCGACCGUCGACGAGCUGGCCAAGUCAUUCAUAAAGACGGAGCCUGCCGACGAAAUCCGCGAGCUGCAGCAUGAGCUCGAGUCUCAACCUACGUAUAUGCAAGAGUCGGUCGCAUCAAGUGACGAUGGCGAAGAGGCUUCUGCUGGUAUUGGAGCGCCUCUGACACUCCCAACAUAUCUUCGCAAUAUGUUGAAUACCGCCUUAGACCGUCUAAGCAUAGUUGUCAACAACAUCGACAUAGAUGUGGAGGAUCACUUCCCGAACGAUGCCCUAGACUCGUCAAAGUCAAGCGAGACCUCAUCUUCUUCUCUCAGCUUUCACGUUGAGCGUAUAGCGAUUGAUUCGACCACUGCCAAAGACGUUUGCGUUGAGGCUGGGUCUGCAACAUUGCCUUCCGCCAAUUCGAAGCUAGGUAAGCGAAGGAUGCGUGUGGAAAACAUCUGCGGGCGCCUAGUGUCUGAUGUCAAAAACUUCGUAUCCCAAUAUCAGUUCUCGCAGCCGUCAUCUCCGGCUACGUCUCGAUCCCAGGCGUCAAGUAGCCAUGCAACCACCAGCGAUCCUGCGACGAGUCAAGUUCAAGACCAGCCUGUUGAGUCUAGGCAAUUCAUGAAAGAGGAAAUGAUAAGCUCGACAACAUUGCGGAGCGAUGAGGAGGCGUUAUCCAGCCAGAUCGUUUCGCCAACACAAGUUCAAAUUGCCAUCUGUCACGGGAAAGCUGCGUCACCCGAACGUUCUAUGUCUCCGGACCAAGCACAGCUAGCAUUAUCGCUGCAAACAAUAGACCAUGAUCGUUUUGCAGACGCUACUUCCGAUGAUGGCGUAAAUGAUCAACAUCCACAGCUCUCACUCGGCCAGUCUCAACAACAUUACCCAUUACCUGAUCUUGGCGGGAGUAGUGUAUUGUAUGACGACGAGGGCUUGCUUGACUACGCGAUGCAGAACAACAUGGUCAAUUCACAUCUUGAGGAUGCGCCAGAGAUGGAACAGUCAUCGGAAGCGGCGACGUGGGGGCUAGACGGUGCAAGCUCAAGUCGACAUACUCAUAUCUCCGAAGCCGCUAGUGAUGCAUCCAUGUUAGGUUUACCCACUGUGUCUGUUCUGGGCCGCUCCUUACCAGUCUCGAAUGCGAUCGACUCACCGUCUCAAUCGGAGCAUGUCGAGGCACCCCACAUUAGUAUUGAUAAUUUAGCUGCGGCACAUGAGUCAACAACGGACGAUCCUCAGGAGCUCUCCGACAGCGCGCAUCAGCACCUUGAUUCAUCGCCAUCACCAGAUGAAGACAUGGCUCAGUCACGGUUUUUCACGCACGAUGAGGCUGAAAGUAUGUACAUGAGCGCAGUGAGUGCGACGCAGGCCAUUUCUGCUCAUGCUGGGCACGUUCCCGGAGGCUGGGACUCUUCGUCAGGCUCAAGUAAAGACUCCAGCUCCGAUAGGUCGGAACCGAUACCAGAGGACAUGAUCUCCGGUAGCAUUUUAGCGCCGUUGCCGGAAGUAGAAGAUGGAUGCGAGACUCCACGUCCGGGGAGCCGCCAGAGCUCGGUCUUGCCGCCAAGACCCGAGCUUACACAAACCCCUACGCCUGUCGCGCCGGGUCCUCGAAAACAAGCCAAACGAUUUCUCACUAUAGAUGAGAUUACUGUGUGGUUUCCCAUGGCCCUCGGUGAUAAAGAGCAUAGUGAUGCAACAAGCGAGCAAGUCGAUCAUGGGGCAGGUAUGGCGUUUGGGCCUUCCAAUUUGGGUGAAGAUUCCAUUUUUACGGAGAUGCCAGGGUCGUUUUCCAAUUAUGCACAUUCUUCUUCACACCGUCGAAAGCCCUCACUGGAAGCAUCGUCUCGCGGAAGACCUAUUCCCAAGUCCUUACAAGCGUCCCGGCCAUCAGUGCAGCCUGCGUCAACAGGCGUGGCUUCGAUUAUUGUCGACGUCGGCUCCGUAGUCGGUCAUAUGGACAUAUCCACUGGCCGCGUCAUGGCUGCUAUGUUUGCUCGGGCAAUACAAGCUCUGACGGGGGAACAGCCCUCAGACGAAAGACCGGUGAAAUCGGAGCCCACGGAUACUUUGGAAUCGCCUUUCACAAGUCUUGAAGUUUCCGUGCAGGGCAUCGCUCUGUCGUGGUUGGACCACGUCUUGGCGGAAUCUACGCAGGAAGAGCCUUUUGCAGAGCACCAACUGGAACCUCAACCUUCGGACGCAAUAUUGAGAGCCAACCUCUCAGCGAUACACCUCAACUGUCAGAAGUCUUCCCAUACUUCGCGAAUGCAAAUCCAUAUUGGCAAAUUUAAACUAGCAUCUUUGGAUCACGACAUCAUUUCCUUCCACAGCUCGCGGCCGAAAUCCAGACGCUCGGUCAAUGCUCCGCUGGAACACCCCAAUCACGAUAUAGAACUGGACUAUGAGCAGGGGAAGGACGAUCGCAUCACUAUCGUCACUCGUCCCCUCAAUGUUGUGUUCGACAUCCAGAAACUGGACGACGCGCUGGGCUCCUUUGGUGGAUUCAGCGGCAUGUUAGAGCUGAGCAACUCCAUCAACUCUAGUAGCGCGGUUGCAAGUCCUGCCAUAUCCCCAGCACAUUGUCGGCCUCGCGGUGUACAUUUUGGUGAUGGCCUACCUCUCCCGGUCGAAGAACCGCCACCAUCCACGAAAUCUCCGAAGAUCGACGUACAACUCGGUGAGGUAUCUUUGACCCUCAGGGGGAAAACAUGCUCUAUGCAGCUUCACACGACAACGGUACGCAUUGCUGUACGGCAAAGCAAUGUGCGCCUCAAAGUAUCCGAGACACAGCUGACUGGCCCCUACACCGAGGUCGUCCCAAAGACUGCACCUUUCCUUGGAGAACUGAAAGGCACUGAAAUCAAUUUUCUCUUUGCUCCCGAGGAAAAGGAUCUGACUAGGCUAAUAUCCUUGAUCACGCCAUCAAAGAACCCAUACGAGAACAACGACGACAUUCUCAUCGAAACCCUGCUACGUCAGCGGAAGAAAGGUUCCGUUCUCCGAGCUGAAAUUGCUGAAAUUGGUGUUCAUGUCUCAGAUCUUGAACACAUGAAAGCCUUUGAGACUCUUGGGAUAGAGCUGGCUCGAUUGUCGAAGGUCACCAAAUACUUGCCAGAUGACGAUCGUCCCGGCCUUCUAAGUCUCGCAUCGGUGAAACGGCUGGAUGCCCGCGUCACUGUGAAUGAUAAACUUGGAGAUGUCUCAGUCAUUUUGCAGGAAUCUGCAUUAGCACACGUCGGAGUUCCUGCUUUGCUGGCUGUUGAAGUUGGCAAAGCGACUGUUCGGCGCAACGACGAAGUAUUGGUCCAAGAAGUUGUGAAACUACGCUCGUCGGAACAACUACCCGUCAUCAUGCUGAGGAUGGUGGGCGAUGAGAUGGAACCCAUGGUGAAAGUCAAGUUAUUCAACCUAUGCAUUGAAUACCGAGUCAGCACAAUUAUGGCAGCACUGGGGAUUGCUGAGGAUGGCACGGUAGAUGAUCUGGCUCUAGGCCUAGCGUCGAGCGUCGCAACUGUCACAGGCGCAUCUUCUCCUAAGACUGUCAGUCGACAAUCUUCCCAAGCGAGUUCGCCAGUUACAGCCGUCUCUCAGCCGCUUCAGGUCGAUCUUCUGCUGAGGGAUUGCGCAAUCGGUCUCAAUCCUCGGAAGUCACUCUCGAAGGGUCUCUUUGUCCUCACGGAAGCGCACGUUGCGGGUAAGCAAGCAAAGAACGACUACUCUGUCACGGUCGACCUGCGCAAGGCUUCAAUGCAUGCUAUAGAUGACAUAGCACGCCUAGAAGAAGACCACGGGCCUGUCUCGACUGUACCCACUACCAAUGGCCACUUAUCUGGACUGAAGAACUUGGGCUAUGUGUCUCUAAGUUCGAUUUCGGCCGCAAAGAUAUUUGUUAAGAUUGGAGGUGAUGGACAGGAACACCCACAGCUAGUGGACGUGGAGUUCAAGAAUGAGCUGUUUGUUAUUGAGUCUUGCGCAGAUUCUACACAGACGCUCAUCACAAUUCUGAGCGGUCUACAGCCCCCAACGCCACCCUCGACCGCAGAACAAUAUCGUACUAUCGUACCACUACAGCAAAUGAUGGAGUCGUUCACUGGCGAUGAACUGGGGCAAGACGAAGAAGCCGAAACCGAUGACUUCAUGAGCAAUGCUGACUUGAUUGAGGAUGAUCUGCCGACGAAUCUUGCUUUCGUUGGGGGACUCUACAAUUCACAAUCCUUACCGACUGAUGAGGAACUGGGCGACAGCCUACUGGGUGAAGAAGAUCUCAGCGCUUUGGCUACACCGCCUAUAACUCGCCAACGUGGUGAUCGAGCUCUCCUAGAGAGCUUCCAGGAGAAGCAUGAAGUCACUCAAGGAGAAGAAGACUUUGAUUUCGACGACGAAUACUUCGGAGAGUCAAAAAUCGAACCUAAGGGUAAAGCUCGUAAAUGGGAUUCUGCCAAGAACCAAUAUCAUCCAUCCAAUGAGUUCAAGGUUGCAGACGCCCCACUAAAGGUACGCGUUCGCGACGUCAACAUCAUCUGGAACUUAUACGACGGCUAUGACUGGCCUCGAACACGGAGUGUUAUCAGCCAAGCCGUGGAUGACGUUGAGGCUCGCGCCGAAGAGCGACGGCAUAAGGGACGAGAAGAGGAAGAUGACGAUGACUUCGUUGAGCAAGACUUCCUUUUCAACUCCGUUUGGAUUGGUGUGCCUGUGAAGGACGAGAAAGGAGCCCUAGCUCGACGUAUCAACCAUGAUAUUGACGAUCUUGCCAGCGAGACGGGCAGUUACGCGACGUCGACGGCGACACGCUCGACUGGAGCUACUUUACGGCCUCGAAGUACUACCAAAUCCAGGCGUCGUCUCAAGCUCGAGCGUAGUAAACACAAGAAGAUUGCAUUCUCCCUCAGCGGGGUCGCAGUCGACCUUGUCGUCUUUCCACCGGAUACAGGCGAGACAGUCAAUUCUGUGAAUGUCCGCGUACGAGAUCUAGAGGUUUUCGAUCACAUUCCCAGCUCUACCUGGAGGAAAUUUGUCACGUGCGCAAUCGAUCCGGCGAAGAGAGAGCUCAUUCGUCCAAUGAUAAAUCUUGAACUCAACACAGUUAAGCCGAUCACUGAUCUAGCGGCUUCAGAGCUCGUCAUUAAAGUGACUAUCCUUCCGCUCCGCUUGCAUGUCGACCAAGACGCUUUGGACUUUAUCACGCGUUUCUUUGAGUUCAAAGAUGAUUCCGCGCCCGCUAGCAGCCCGGCUGGUGACCAACCUUUCAUUCAGCGAUUGGAAGUGAUGGCGGUCAAGCUGAAGCUGGACUACAAGCCAAAGCGCGUGGACUAUCGCGGCCUCCGGUCCGGCCACACAACGGAGUUCAUGAACUUUCUCGUCCUCGACGGCUCGGACAUCACCUUACGCCAUGCAAUCGUGUACGGAAUCACAUCGUUCGACAAACUUAACAAGACUCUCAAUGACGUUUGGACACCGGAUGUCAAGGAUAAUCAGUUACCGGGCGUACUAUCGGGUCUGGCAGCCGUGCGACCUCUUGUGAAUGUCGGUUCCGGCCUCAAAGACCUCGUCGUUGUGCCCAUACGCGAGUAUAAGAAAGAUGGUCGGAUCGUGCGCAGUCUGCAGAAGGGUGUAUACGCAUUCGCUAUAAACACAACGUCAGAGGCAGCACGUCUGGGUGCGAAGGUGGCGAUCGGCGCGCAAACCUUCCUGGAAGGCGCUGAGGUAUUCUUCAACCCAGAGACUGCCUCAUCUAGCCGCCAUCAAUCUUCUGAUUGGGAUGGGGAAGACCCUAGUUCCGAUACAGAAGAGCCACGCGCCGUAUCGAACUACGCCAAUCAGCCUAUUGGUGUGGGCGCUGGUCUUCGCAGCGCGGCCCGACACUUCGAACGCGACUGGCUCACUGCACGGGACGCGGUAAUCGCAAUUCCUGCAGAGGUUAUGGAAGAGGGUAGCGGUACGGGUGUUGCAAGGGCCUUGCGUCGACAUGGACCGACUGUCAUCUUGCGACCUGCACUCGGUGCCACGAAAGCGGUGAGUAACACGUUGCUAGGCGUAGGCAACGCGCUUGAUUCCGGAUCGAGGCGUAAGAUUGAAGACAAAUACAAGUCGUACUAGCGACUGGUCGUCGUUAACACGAGUAUCAGGCCAAGGAAUUUGUUGAUUAGCAGGCCAUCUCUGAUAAGGGAGGUUCAUUCUUCUACAUGUGUUUUCUUUUCACUUUUCAUUAGAGCGUUUGCAUAGCGACGGACGGAGUUUGGUUGAUGAAGGCGUCGCAUUUCCAGCCUUUUGCUAUGCCGUCAGCAUUGGGCGGGGCGUUGUCACACAUUUGGACAAUUUGAUCUUUCG